AUGGGAUGGGAAUCCCGUCGGUCAGCAGGGCGACGAGGGCACGAAAACGGUAGGGAACGGGUCCGCGUGGCCGUGUGCGAGGCGCCUUUCAAUCAGGCCGCUUUGCCGGAUGACAAGUUCCAGUCGACGAGGAAGCACCAGACAUCAAUCCAAACCACCCGUGUGUUUACAGACAGGUUCCCUGCGUCGUUCUGGCUAAAGCUCACAAACCGCUGGCCGAGACAACAUUCCCCCCAAGCGUACACGCCGACUUUGACUGGCACGAACCCCUUCGGAGAAGCGACAAUUAUCCACCCCGACACUCUCGUGUCCACCGUUUCAAACAGCCUGACCCUGAGUGCGCUUACGAUUCGUCCAGACUCCCGUCAGAAAAAGCACACACCACCACCCCCCUCUUGCGAGGAACAUCAACAGAACUGUCGUGAGGCUACGCUCGAUACCAGAGAAAUCCUACAGAGCGCCAACGUUGCCCGAAAUCCUCUGUAA